AUGGCGAGCUCCACGGACUACGCCUGGAUUGACGAGGUCGUACCUGGCACGCUGAUGGUGCAGCCAGCGGUCUGCACACAUGUUCUCAUCGUCACGGAGCCGCCUGUUGGAAGAGGUACGACGGUCUUCAUGAGCACAGUUGAGGUGAACUCCAAGCUUGGCAUGCACAAGGCCGCGCAGCACGUCGAGUAUACAGAACGCAAUGGACACGUCAAGCUGAUCAUCCGCCAGGAAACACUGGCAGAUGGCGAACAAGUCGACUACGACUUUCCA